GACAUCCGUGGAAUUAUUCUUUAACUGAGCCUAAGGAUACAACGUGACAUCCUGGUAAAGAAGAUACCGAAUCUGUUUACAUUCUAGAUUUAUGGAUUCAUGCGUGCAAUUCAUGACCUGCUCUCUCCAGCUCCCUGUUUUUCAUCUCCGGAAGAGAUGGAAUAAUUUGGAAUGAGCUGGACCGUCUUUCUUUCUCUCCUACUCGAAGAAAAGGUCCAAUAUUAUGAGGUAUAUAAAGCUCCAAGGUCAUUCUCUGAAAUCAUCCUCUCCCUCCAGCGCUUCACCUAUCAUCAGAGUCCGCUUUGGAUAGGUGAAGCAGCGCUGCAGAGAAGCAUUGCUGCUGACACAGAGGUAGGAUAAAAACUAGAGGAAGGAAGCGCGGACAGGAAUCAUGGCCCAGCUCAGAACGGGAAUUAUGAUUGUGGCUUUUCUGAUUGUGCCCUUCUUGCAAACCUUCGAGGCCUUGGAUUUCCUUUUCUGGGAUGGACCAACGUGCACCGGCUUCGUGCAAUCCCUCUGCACCGCCAUCAGCAACGACACUUGCUGCGUCGCAGAUAAUGCCUACCAGUCAGUGCAGGUCCAGGAAGGGGAUCCAUGCAAAUCGGCCACCACCUUCAAAGACGGAGAUUGUGCUGCCAAUGUCACAGUUACCACAACCACUGGUAAUGUAUGCUUCGACAGCGGUGGACCCACUUACACCGCGGCUAGCUGGACGCCAUUGCCUUGCAUUAAUGGCACCCCCAUCGUAGUUCCCAUCAACACGAGCACAAACGGGACGACCGAUAAUGGGACAUUCAAUGGAAGUACGCCCACCGUUCGCCGGAGGGCUCUGUUGAGUACUCUUCGUGGGCAGGAGGCCAUUCCAGAACGUGAUUUAACCAGCCAAGCCCGACCGGAUCACAAUGUAAUCUACUACCGAGAAGGUCCAACGAUGGGGAUCUGGAGCCUUUCCAGCGAUGGUGCUAGUAAAGCGGAGCUUCUGGAGCAACUUUCGAGUGUGCCGGACGAGGACAAAGUGUCCUGGUUGUUCUCUCAUGGCGCUACGUACGAUGAUGCAAUGGAAGGAGAGUUGUUGGAGAUUGUAGAGGCCUAAUGCGUCGACUUCAUAGAAGUGUUGCUGAUUGAUUGCUUCGGCUCAAUUUGUAAUUGUAGAGGAGGGGUUAAUCAUCUGAUCAGGGGUUAUCCGGUCGAGGAUUCCAGUAGACAAUAAAAGUCGAGGUAGGGUGUUACAUCUACCUCAACAGCCGUGCAGGCCUGUACGGUAGCAAAGUUAGGUUACUGCACUUCACCUGGUAAUCAGGUCAAACGACACAUGAACUGAAAUGUAUUUCGCCUUGUAUUUUGCUAUGUACAUGAAUGGGCCUUAGAGUAUAGCAUGUGAAAAUAUAAUACUUCAAAUUGAAAGAAUGUAGCAAAAUAGAUUUUUGAAGAGAUUUCAAGAUGUCACCAAAUAAUAGUAUCAAUCAUCGACAAAAAUUAUAGAAAGUGUGCAUUUAUUUUUUUUGGGAAUCAAAGAAAUAAAUGGAGGGAUGUAUUUCUGCACAAUGAGCAGCUAUAUAUUUUGAGAAGAAGUUUUGGU